AUGAUAGUUGUGAAUAUUAAUUCUCAGGGCUUCGAUAGUGUUAUGAAUUUAGAAUACGAAAAUACAUUUGAUCAUGAUCUGUACAAAAGUGUUAUAGAUCCAAUCAAAUGUAAAGAACAACUGGAAUUUCUUCUGAGUAACAUAUCUAUGGCAAUGAAUUUCUUAGAUGCAAGUGGGAAAAUCCCAAAUGGACUUAUGGUUGGCAACUUAGCUGAUCUAGGCAGCUACUAUCAAUGUUUGAAUAUACAACAUCAACAGUCAGACAUGGAAAUACAAGGAAAAUAUUGCAUGAUACAAAUACCUAUACAGUAUAAUAAGUUCACGUCAAAUUAUGCCGGGAGUUUUACACCUUGGACGAACUUUACUGGCAGUAUGAUGGAAGACAUGAAAAAGCUAAUAGCGACACGUAGACAAGUGUCCUUAAUAUCAGGAUUUCGACAAUCUUUUUUGGCUAUACAAAACUAUACAAGCAAUUCUAACAAUGGACCAUCUAUAAAAUUAUCUUGGGGAAUAUGCAUACCAAAAGUGUGUCGAACAGACGAUUUUCUUAAUUACAUACAGCAACAAAAUAUAUCAAAUAUCGACAGGAACUUGACAUAUAAAGAACUUUUCUGUCGUUUAUCGAACGAUAAGCCAUAUAGUAUCGCUGAUUAUGUCGCUAUCGCAAUAUUCUCGUUAUUGGCGUUGAUAACAGCAAUAAGUACUUCGUAUGAUUUGUAUCAUGUGUUUGUACUACACUUAGAUAAAUCUCAAAUAAGCUCGUUGUAUCGAUGUUUUUCAAUUUACACAAAUACAACGAGGUUUUUAACAUUCAAUAAUAUUCCUGGAGCGUUGGAAUGUGUGGAUGGAAUUCGUGCGAUAUCCAUGUUGUGGGUCAUUUUUGGUCACACUUACGCCAUGACCAUGAUUACAUCAGUUUACAAUAUGACUGACGUUAUGAAGUGGUUGACAUCAUUUGGAAGUAUAUGGAUAAACUCAGCCCCAAUCACAGUGGAUACUUUUUUUACUCUUAGUGGCAUACUUUGCGUAUAUACUGUUAUUGGAAAGAUUAGUCGAAGGCGUUUCAUAUCAUCAUUACAUUUAUUCUACUUAAAUCGUCUUCUACGUUUAUUUCCAUUACUUGCUGCAGUCGUUUUACUCCAAGCUUCUAUAUUUCAUAGGAUUUCUGAUGGCCCCAUGUGGAUAAAUAAUGCACAGAUGGUAGCACUAUGUAGAAAACGAUGGUGGUCUGCUCUAUUGCAUGUACAGAAUUAUGUGAAGCCUCUUGGUAUGUGUCUCUAUCACACCUGGUACUUAUCUGUAGAUAUCCAACUCUACAUCAUCAGUCCCAUACUACUAAUUUGGCUUUUUGGCAGUAAAUGGAUGGCAUGGAGUGCAUUAGCCACAUCUGUUUUAGCCACAUUGGUUAUGUCGAGUACUUAUAGUUUCCUGUACAAUUUUUCUGCUGCAAUGGCCAAUCCCAAACAUAUAAAUGAAAUGGGCGAUUACUUUGAAGUCUAUUAUAUCAACACGUUAGCCCGAGCUCCACCUUUCGUCAUAGGGAUGAUGUACGGCUACAUAUUAAACUUGUAUAAAGGCAUGAAACUACAAAUGAAAACGAUGCUAGUAUUAACGAUAUGGACGCUAGCUUUAGGGUCAAUGGCAUUUUGUAUAUUCGCAAUCUACCCUGUGAUGCAAGUACAACACGAUAACCAGUUAUUGGACAAUUUUCUUAACGCGUAUAUGAGGGCUAUCUGGGCGUUAGCUCUUGGAUGGAUCAUUUUUGCUUGCGUUCACGGCUAUGGAGGACCUGUUAAUUGGUUUCUAUCAUUACAAGUAUGGAAACUCCCAGCGAGACUUUCCUAUGCCAUGUAUUUGAUACAUUAUCCCAUCAUAAUGUUGGCGAAUGGAAGUAUGGUGUCAUCGUAUUAUUUUACCGACGGAAAUACUUUGUACCGUGCGAUGGGAGACUUAGGAUUCACACUAAUUGCUGCGUUUAUUAUUUGUAUUACAAUUGAUGCGCCGUUCUCUACAUUACAAAAAAUAUUACUACAAGAAUAUGGGUUUGGUGUUCGUCAUAUACAGAUGAUCUGUAUGUGUUUUGUUAUGAUCACGUUGUUCAUCGCGCGGGGCAGCUUGGGAGUGGCGAUAUUAGCUAUGACUGAUGUUAGGAGGAAAAAUGAAACAAAUAUUGAUAUCUAUGAUUGGGAUAAGAAAACUCAAGGAUUGAUUCUAUCGUCGUUUUUUUGGGGCUACGCUGUUAUGCAGAUACCGGCUGGACUGCUGUCUAAGAGAUAUGGGGCCAAACCCAUCUUGCUUUUCUCGUUACUGACUAACGCAGUAAUAUGCGGCCUGCUACCAACACUUGUGCGAUUCGGGGGAUGGCAAAUAGCGUGUGCGUGUCGUGUCUUCAUGGGUCUAACGCAGGCAUGCCUGUACCCAGCAUCGCAUACAUUACUUGGCAAGUGGUUGCCGCAGCAUGAGAGGACUCUCUACACCAGCCUUGUAUAUGGAGGUUCUCAAAUCGGUAUAAUAAUAGCGAUGCCAGUAUCUGGAAUAUUAGCUGAGACCGCACUUGGGUGGAAGCUAAUCUUUUACUCUAUAUCUCUAUUUAUGGUGGUCACCGCAGGAGUGUGGGUAUUCUUUUCUGCCAACUCGCCGGGAGACCAUAGAUUGAUGACUGAUGGUGAAAGAGAGUACAUCGAGAAUGGACUUAAUGUUGCAGCUCCUAAGAUACUAAAAACUCCAUGGAAAGAAAUAUUUAUGGCAAAAGAAUUUUAUGCUAUCAUGAUGACUCAUAUCGGCUGCGCCAUUUGUUUCAUACUGUUCUUUGUUGAUAUGCCGACUUACUUGGAAAAAGCUUUACAGAUUUCUUUAAAAAAUAGUGCUUCAUUAUCUGCCUUACCUUAUAUCGGUAUGUUGAUAGGCAACGUUUCAUCGGCGGCUAUUUGUGAAAAGCUUCACAACAAAGGAUAUUUAUCGCUCGUCGCUUGCAGAAAACUAUUCAACUCCCUAGCUUUUGUGGGCAUGGCCAUCGGUCUCGCAAUAUUGUCGUUCAUUGGUCCGGAACAAAAGAGUAUAGCCAUCGUGACGCUCAUUGCAACACUUACUUUAAAUGGUUGUUUUGCUGCUGGAUUCAUUAUGUCAUUUUUGGAUAUGUCACCAAACUACGCGGGUGUGCUGCUCUCUGUAACAAACUUUGUAGCCAAUAUCGGCGGCAUUCUCACUCCAAUUGCCACCAGUUUCAUUUUACGUAACGAUCCAACAGACACAAGUGGUUGGCGUAUAGUUUUCCUCUCGGCGGCGGGAAUUGCCCUGUUCUGUAAUACAGCCUACCUAGUGUUCGGAACAGCCAAGUGUCAAGAGUGGGAUGAUCCUGACUACCUAAAUAAGAGGAAAGCUGACCCAGGUUCGAUAAAGUACUCUAUAUACAAAAAAGUUAAAAUAUUUGCUAAUACGGCAAAGCAAAACAUCAUGGAACUUGCUGCUGAAGACUUA